AUGGAAACACAGUACCUGUACUUCAUCCUAACAGAAUCACCUGAAUACUAUCGACACAUGAAUCUUGGCCGUAUAUGUCACAUCCGUCGAUUCAAGUACAAUUCGGAAAUCACAAACUCUGGCUCUACCAUAAAGUUACCAGUCUUUUUCAUAGGCUCAUCAUUAGAUUAUAAGAUAAACAUGAGUUGCUUGAAGGAACUGAGUCAAGAGGAAGCCCAGCUGCUGUUGGCCCUUCCUGAGGAUCAUGACAGGCUGAAGUGGUUCAAAGAGAGAGAUGCUCUCCAAAGAGCUCUGACCCUCAGUGAAGGUAACGCAGUGACUGUGGAGGAAGGAGGAGAGACACUGAGAGGCAUCAUCCGCUACGUUGGACAUCUGACACCCCCCAAAUAUGAAGACCCCAUAUCAGGGGUGUUCUUUGGAAUUGAACUGCAGGGAGAAGACAAGGGUAAGGGGAAUACAAACGGGUCCUACAGGACAAAACAGCUCUUCACCUGUGAGAAAUACUCCGGUGUCUUUGCCUCAUUCAACAGAGUCCGACCUGUGGCUCCCACUUCUCCACCCCCCUCCUCACAGCCAGAAACAGACGAGGUCGCCCCAGGAGACAGAGUCACUUACUUUGUAGAGGAUCACUUUCGUCAUGGAAUGGUGGUGGACGUACAGAAAAAGGGCAGAGAACAUGUUGUCCGCAUCUCCACAGACACAGAUGAGAACGGGAAGACAGGAGGCGAAAUUGAAGUUCCACUGCAGGCUAUCGCUAAGGGGGAGCUCCCUGCAGAGGCUGAAGGCAUGGACGUGGACACAGCCCAAGUGGAAACAAACACUGACGAUAUAUACACAAAUCUGACUGUGGACUCGGUGGUCGAAGUGACUUUGGCAACAGGAAAUGGAUAUGGAAUCAUCCGCUGGAUCGGCACGCUGCCCGACCGACAGGAGAUUAUGGCUGGACUCGAGCUUGAGGAAGAAUAUGGAGUGAGUGACGGCACCUUCAAAGGUCAGCGUUUCUUCUCGUGUCCCCAAAGGAGAGCUCUGUUUGUGAAGCUGAUCUCUUGCCGGCCUGACUCACGGUUUCAGAGUUUAGCAUCCAACUACAGCGAGAUGAUGCCAAAAUAUGACAAUACAGAGAAAGACAACGGACACAACGGAGUGAUGCUGGACCCUGUUCCUCCUAUCACCGAAGACCAGGUCAAGCAGCUUCUGAUUGGACGGAUGAAGGGAAUCCAAGGGCACUGUAACUCCUGCUACAUGGACGCUGCGCUGUUCAGCUUGUUCUCCUGCUCCUCUGUGCUGGACUCCAUGCUGUUUAAAUCAACAAACCCUCAAGACGCUCCAAUCCAGAAAACGCUGCUCCAUGACAUAGUCAACCCCCUCCGCAGUAAGGGUUUUGUAGAAGGGCAGCACAUCAUGAAGCUCCGGCAGCAGCUGCAGAAUCAAGGCUACAGUCGCUCCUUCACCACGGACGAGAAGGAUCCAGAGGAGUUUCUUAACGUCAUCAUGCACCACAUCCUCGCACUGGAUCCUCUACUCAAACUCUCAGCCGGUGGUAAAGUACAGGAGAGUUACUGCUAUCAGAUCUUCCUGGACCAGAACCACAGCCUGGUUCUGCCGACGGUCCAGCAGCUGAUAGAGCACUCCUUCCACAGCGCAGGACUCAAGCUGGCAGAGGUGCCGUCCUGCCUCAUGCUCCAGAUGCCUCGCUUUGGGAAGAAAUUCAAGAUGUUUGAUAAAAUUAUUCCGUCUCUGGAGCUGGACGUCACGGAUCUGCUGUCUGAAGGUCCUCAGCAGUGCAUGAUCUGUGGAAACUUGGCCCAGGUCGAGUGCACCGAAUGUUUUAAAGAUCCUGCUUUCAGUCAGACGGGAUUCAAAAUCUUCUGCAACACCUGCGCCGCUCAGGUGCACUCUCAUCCUCAUCGGCGAUCCCACGAGUUGGUUAAUCUGGACAUCCCUAAAGGUUACCUGGGACACGGCGUCCCUCACACGCUGACCAGAGACAAGCUGGAGCUGUUCGCUGUGCUCUGCAUCGAGACCAGUCACUACGUGUCUUUCAUCAAAUACGGACCAAACAACCAAGACUGGAUCUUCUUUGACAGCAUGGCCGACAGACAAGGUGAGAGAGACGGCUUCAACAUCCCCGAGGUGCACGCCUGCCCCGAGGUCGGCAUGUACCUGGAGAUGCCCCCCGCCGAGCUGGCCAAUCAGGUGCCCCGGGACAUGAAAGGUGUUGCUAAGCGACUCUUCUGCGAUGCUUACAUGUACCUGUACCAAAGCACCAGCAUGUGUCUGUACCGCUGAGGGGACGGGGGGGGGCACCUCAAAGAUUUAAGCCCCGCCCCCUCCUUCCUCCUCCACUCAAUCACUGCACAACUUCUCACUGAGAGAAAAACAUGGUUGCCUUCACUUUUCAUGUAAUUUCCUUUUUUUGCUUGAUUAGUUUAUUUUCCAUUUAUGAAUGUAUGAAAAGUACAAAAAAAAGAGAGAACAUUUAAAAUAUGUUUGUGUAUAUAAAUAUAUAUAAUUUUCAGCCCUUGAUGCUGGGAAGAUAUUAUGUGGCUUAAAAAACUGAUGAAAAAGUUUCUGUUAUAUUGUACGAGAAGGAAAAAAAAGUAAAAACUGACACGGCUUUGCACAAUAAUUUUGAAUAAUAAUUGACAGUCACUGAUUUUCAAAAUAAGAUGGCAAAGAUUGCACUCUAAUUUUAAGUUUCCUCCUGCUGUUUAUUAAUUAUUUUUAUAUAUAUAUAUAUAAUUAUAUUUUACUUUAUUACAGUUGGGAGUGAAUGAGCUGCAUACAUUAAUUAAAUUAGCUUAAAUCCAAAAUAAAGCAGAAUUAAGGCACUUUUGUAAAUAUACUGUAAUUUUCUCAGUAAAAUCAGCAGCACUGUACCUUUAAUGUUUUUUCUGGCUAAUUAGGGUUUAGGACAGGGGUGUCAAACAUGUGGCCCGUGGGCCAGAACCGGCCCGCAGAGGGGUGCGAUCCGGCCCACUUUCCUUUCUGUGUUCUUUUCCUUCCUUCCCUUCUUCCUUCUGUCCUUUCUUCGUUCCUUCCUUCCUUCCUCCAUUUCUUCCAUCUGUCCUUCCUACCUUCCUGUUUUCCUGUCUUCAUUCGUUACUUCCUUCCUUCCUCCGUUUCAUCCAUCUGUCCUUCCAUCCUACCUUUCUUCCCUCUUUCCUUUUGUCUGUCUUUCCUUCCUUCCCUUCUUAUUUCCUUCCUUCCUUCCAUCUGUCCUUCCUCCCUUUCUUCCUCCAUUUCUUCCAUCUGUCCUUUCCUCCCUUUCUUCCUCCAUUUCUUCCCUCUUUCAUUUUGUCUGUCUUUCCUUCCUUCCCUUCUUAUUUCCUUCCUUCCUUCCCUCCAUCUUUUUAACAAUCCGGCCCACAUGAGAUCAAAUUGGUGUGUAUGUGGCCCUUGAAUGAAAAUGAGUUUGACACCCCUGGUUUAGGAUAUUGGCUGGACCAGUUACUUUAAAUUAGUUCAGUUCUUAUUUGAUGAAUGAGGAAUAUUUGAUAUUUGAAUUAAACCUCAGGAAGUGAAGAAGCUUUUUGCUCUGACGAUGUUUCGUCAUGUUUGGGAUAACUGUAGAGUUUACGGCAACGUUGGGAAAUCUGCACUUACAUUGUUAAAACUAGUGAGCUAUUUCUAUUGCUAUUAUCUUUAUUGCUACAGAUUCUGAUAUUUAGUGCAGCGGGUAUUACAAAUACUAUAAAUAAAAUGAUGGUUUGAA